AAAAUGUAAACGGACGAUUUCCUGUUACUGGUUUGGUUUGUCAAGUUGUCAACUGAGAUCGCAUUUACACGUUGCAUUAUCGUAAUCAAUUAGAUUUGUUAAGGACUAUGAAUACAGAACUCCAAAUUUCUAUUGCACAGAUACAAGCAUUAUUAAAAGAAAUAUGCAGAGUUGAUAAUGGAACCAAUAAGCAAUGGCUUGAACAAAUUGACAGAGUUAUGUCUCUUGUAUCUGAUCUGCAUGUGGAGUCCACUUGUAUGUCACAGGAGCAGAGAGCUUUUGUCUCAGUAUUAGAAACACAUGCUGUUAAUCUUUGGAACAUAGCUGUUGCUCUGAAAAUCAAAGACUCAACUCCAGUUUUAGUAAAUGCAAAAUUGAGACACAUUGCCUUUCUUUUAGUGGAUUGUUCGACUCCUGCUGAAUACAAUGAAAAUACAUGGAAAAAGAAAAUAGUGAUGGGUAUGAAGGCGGGCCGAGCAUGGCUAGAUAGCAAAGAACCUGUGAGAGCUGAUCAGGUGUUCCUUCUCACAGACCAGUUUGUAGCCACAGUACAGAGAGCUGUUGUUGAAAGAAAGAAUGAUGGUGUUGCUGCUGAUGUGGUGGAUAAACAGAACACAGAAGUUCUACAGGACAUGUUUAAACUCCUGUGUUACAAAGCAGAAGCCGCCCUAGCUCAACAAGACCAACAGAAGGCACUAGAUCUUGUACUGCUUGCAAAGGAAAUGUUGCCAAACUUUCCAAGAGAGGGUAGCUACCUUUCUAUGUUGUGUUAUAACUUUGGAGUGGACAUGUACCAGCAAAAAAAGUAUGAACAAGGUGUCACAUGGCUGAGAGAGAGCUUUGAAUUAGGCAAAGGUCGACAAACUAUUGGAUCCCGAAAUCAGGCACGUACAUUGAGGUUACUAGCCAAUGCCUACCUGGAAUGGAACGCCAAAGAGCAUUGUCAGAAAGCCUUGAAUGCAGUGACACUGGCCAACACAGAACAUCCACACCCCGCUGGCUUUUAUUUAAAUCUGCGAGUGCUACUUUUUAUUGGUGAAGAAGAUGGAGCCAUAGAGAAAGCCAUUGGAGACAUUCUGCAUCAAUCUGAUAUAACGGUUGACCUUGGAAUGAAUGUUAUACAGCUAGUCUCUCAACAUAACAGGACUGGAAUUGCUAUGGAUGUUACUAAGACUUUGUUGAAGGCCUUCGAAAAGUCUCCUGAUAUAGGACGGAUAAUUGUCAGCCAACUGGAGUUACUCAUACAGAUGGGAAAGAUCAAGGAAGCCAAAAACUUUGUGGAGGAAUCUAUCACUGCUCACAAUACUGGAAAGCCUUUAGAUGCCACAGUGAAGAAAAGGUUUCACCUGACACUGUGGGAGCAGGCAGCUGUAGCGUUUGAGGCAAAAGACUUCAAGGAAUCACUGGAAUGGUAUAACUACACAUUGAGCCUGUUCUCUCACUCCGAUAUAGAGGCACAUAAUCUGGCCAAGUUGUACAGGAAUAGAGCCUCGUGUUACCUGCAUCUGGAGCAGUGGGAAAAGGCAGUUGAGUCCGCCGAGCAAGCAGAAAGAUGGGAACCCAGGUCUGUCCAUACCCAGUUCAUCCUCUAUAAAGUCUAUCUUGCUGGUGCAGAUGUUAAUAAAGCAAAGAGUGUACUACAGAAUAUGUGUGAGAUAGUAUCUAGCCCUGACCUGGGGGAUGAUGGUACCGAUGCACAUGGCAUUAUGUGUCUGGCCGCUCAGAUGGCGUUUGAGGAGAAUCACCAGGUUGUAGCCUCCCUGGCACUCGAGUGUGUCGCUAACAGCGGUUCUGACCCUUGGCAGGUACUCACAGCCCUCCGGUGUCUUGUCAGGCUUAAACUAACCUGUCAAGGAAAAGAGCAGGGAACAGAGCCUUCUGGUAUUGACAGAAAUAUCCAAACUGCUUACCACAAAUUACUUCAGCUUCAAAAUGAAAGCAAAGAAAACCAGAAUCGGGUCCAUAAUGAAGCCAGCUGGUUCAUCAAAAUAGACAUCUGUUAUAUGUGUAACACUAUUACAGCUUGGAACCUAGCCUUGCAGUGUGAGGAGAGUCCACAACGAUUGAAAACACUUUUCUCUCUCUGUCAGCAGUUGUCAUCAUUGUGUCCUUGUGAUGACAGUAACCUAACCAGACAGAAGACUUGCAUGCUGAUGGCUGCUGCUGCCAGUCUACAAGUGGCCAGGAUGUCAGAAGACGAGACAGAGAAAAGGUACUGUCUGGAAGAAGCUUUGCAACAUGUGAAGAACUGUAGACAUCUGAUCAACCAGUUGCAGCAGAACACACUUGUUGCCACAGAGAAUAAGGGGAAGGACACCACAGAGACAUUGUUAUUGCUGUAUGAGUUUGAGGCACAAGUGAAACUCAAUGAUCCUGUGUCAGAACAGACCCUUGAACAAGCGCUACGCCUUCCCAACCCAGAUCCAAAGACCUUUGAGACACUGGCUGCCCUGGCAAUGGAGCCCCCAGCUCAAAACAAGAAUGUUAGUGUGAGAGCAAUCAAAGUAGCCAUCAGGAAGCAUCUACAGCUACCUCAGCCAGACUUCAACAAAUGCAGUAAGCUUUUCCAUAGUCUGGUGCAACUCUCUCUUUCUGGGGAUGCAGGAGCCAGAGAGGAAGCUCUCACAUACUACACUGAGGUCAUAGAGGUUAUCGACAAAAGGUCACAGGGUCAGUAUCCCGAAAUGGAGGUCCUCUGGCUGAUGACUAAGGCAUGGAAUUGUGGAAUCAACUUUUACAGUUCAGGACGAUGUGAUGAGGCAGAGCGGUGGUGUAGUACCAGUCUUAAACUUCUUAAGUACCUUGACACCAUGAGGGAAAACUAUGAGGACCAUAUGAACAACACCUAUGGUCAGAUCCUGGCAAGGAUGGAAAGAUUGGGAACAGAUUCAAGGGAAAGGUCUGGAGGAGUAGAAUCAUCAGGUCAACAUUCCCAAUCAGAACUACAUUAACUUUCAGUUUAUCAGUUUCAUUUAAUGUAAUUACAAAAUUCUGAACUGUCUUCACAUGGAGUGAUCACAACCGCGGCACUGAUAUGUAUAUCUCAAGUAGGAUGAACAAAUUUAUUAUUUUCAAGAACAAUUUUUAUUUAUUUAUUUAUUUGUCUUUUACAUGUUUUAUUGAAUUGUAUAUAAAAAAAAAUGUGCGUUGGAUUCAAUAGUUAAGAUUAUAUAUUAUGUACUGAAACUCUAAUGUACCUUCAAUGGUAUGCUGAUUGUUGAAAUACACCAGUUAUAGAGAAUAAUUUUGUUUUUGUUAGAGUUGAGUGUUGUCUUCAUCAUAGUUUUCAAUGACAGAAGAUAAUGUAUCGUGGAGAAACUGUCCAGUAUCACUUUCAUAAUAGUGUAACUUUUUAUAGAAUUAGUAAAAAUAUGUCUGUUAAAUUAAAAUUACAUAUAGCAAUAGCAUAAUCAAGUAGCGGAACUGGACUG